GUGCUGUUGCACAGCCAACAGCACUCAGCGUGUCUCUGAGCAUUGUCCAGCACAACCUCAGUACAGACAGCGCCAUCGUUAUUUAGGUAGCAGCACGUUUCUAUCUUUCAUACCAACGAACGUUAUCGAGACAACUCGUUGCGUUCUCCGUCUCUAGCUCGUCGAGCGCUUCUGUGACUGAUUCAUCAUAAUGAACGCUGAGCUUGUCCGGCUAUACGGGCCUGGCAUGUCCUUCUACCGGUCUCACCUACAGUCAACAGGCUUGGAGCAACAUGAUAGCAAAACUGCUAACUUCUCGCCCAGGAGAUACUCUUCAACUCUCCAUACUUUGGAGAAGACCAACGAAAUGCUGGUUAAUAAGAUCGGCAAGUUACGAAUCAACACCGAUCAACUCAGACACGACCUGAUGAACCUGGAAUUACACGUCAAAGCAUUCAACGGCGAGCUCUUGGCGACGUGGCAGGCAGACACACUGACGCGACUCAUUGAGACUAUAUAUGAGCGCCACGGCUGGAAGUUGCCAGGCAAGAUUGCCGUGGGUGAUCACAUCUUCCUUCCUCGUGAAACCCUCUCCACAUUAUACUUGAAGGCCUUAGCGAGGAUUAAGAAGGAGACAGUCACAAGGAGGUUUGGACUGCCAAUGCGGUACUACCAUGCUCUACAGAGGUACCGUGAAGUCGCUCAUUUGCGGAGCACCAACCCCGACCGGACGGAGAGUGACUUUGCUCGAUGGCUGGUCUCGGGUAAAGAGGGGAACUGGGGAGCGUAUCAAUUCUGGGGCAGACUAUUUCCUCUCUGCUACCAGCGUUCCGUCGAGCAGAGUGCCGAUAUCCUUUGACUGGCAGCGUCUGCGUGGUUGUUCCUUGAUUGCAGGACCUGACAGGCCUUGCCUUUGAAUAGUCAGAUAGAUAGCAUCGAAGUGAAGUCUCUUCCUCAGUUCCACCAGCCUGCAGUACCGUG